AUGAAAUUUUAAUCAAUAUGAAGUGAUAAUUUUAAAUGCGUUGGUAUUGAUUGGCGGCGGUAGCCACGCAACCACGCUUACAACAUUGCGUUUUAUCAAUUUGCAUAAUCUCGCCUUAAUGAGCUAUUUAGCAAAUGGAAAAGAGAAUGUGCAAAUUUCAGCUUUCCCAGGCCGUCAAAAAUCCAGCAAAAUGCCUGAGCCUAAUCCUUUAGAGAAAUUAAACUGGCUCAUACAUUUCCAACAUGUUAGGGGCGAAAUUGUACAGUGCAAGAACUUGAUUAAAAAUGAAAUCAAGCGAAGCGGCGGUCGCAACGAGUUUGCGUAUUUUAAACAGGGAAUCAUUUUGCGCGAGGAGGGAAAGACUCAGGAGGCCCUCGAGUCGUUCCAGACCUGCAUGAAACUGAACCCCGAGAAUGCAGACGCCAUCAAACAAGUCGGCAAAUGCCUUUACGAAAUGCGGAGGUUCAGAUUAUCACUUGAAGCGUAUUUGGAGGCUGAAAAAGUGUCAACUUGUCCCGACUGGCAAAUUUAUUACAAUAUUGGCCAAUGUCUGAUGAGACUCGGCGAAACAGCCAAAUCAAAGGAAUACGCACACAAAGCUGUCCAAUUGGGGAAACACGAAGCCGCUUAUUCGCUCCUCAUCAAAAUACUUACAUCAGAAGGUGAUCUACGAAGCGCCAUUUCAGUGUGUAACGCUGCAAUCGAAUCCUGCCCAGACAGUGUUAACUUGCUGACUGAAACAGGCCUUUUGUGUCUGAAGUUGGGGCAGACACAGUUUGCAUUCGAGCGAUUGAGUUCCGCUCUAGCUCUAGAUCCGGUUUGUGCAAAAGCUCUACUUGGGAUCGGAUGCAUCACUCAAUCGCACGAUGAGCACGAUGUCGCUUUGACCAAAUACAAAGUGGCUGUUUCGUACGAGCCGAAUUCGGUGGCGCUUUGGAAUAACAUUGGACUGUGUUUCUACUCUAAACAAAAAUAUGUGGCGGCAAUAAGCUGCUUGAAGCGGGCCUUAUGGAUAUCGCCAACAAACUGGCGAGUGCUUUUUAACUUGGGUUUAGUUCAUCUUGCCACUUAUCAGCCCGCAUCUGCGUUUAACUUCUUAUGUGCUGCUGUCAAUCUGCGGCCAGACGUGCCUCAUUCCUUCACAGGAUUAGGAUGUGCCUUAUUUGAAUUGAACGAUGGAGAGAACGCAGAAAGGGCCUUCAAGCAGGCGAUGGCUCUGGCUCCGGACGAUCCGGUCAUUGUUGUUAAUAAUGUCGUUUGUUUGGCGGGGAUGGACCGGAAGGAGGAGGCAAAGGAUUUGUUUCAGAAAUUUAACAGUUUGCUGCAGGAUGGGGUUGUUUCGAAGGAGGUCGUGGCCAUCGCCGAGAAAUUGGCAACGGUGUUUGAGGUGGAUGGAAAUGACGAAAGUUAUAAAAAUGAAGAGAGUAAAGACGUUAUAAAUAAAAGUAUCAACGAAACGGAUGAACUUGCCAGUGGUGACUUAUCGCCCAGGGAACUUGCAGCUGAUGAAGUGUAGACAUAAUGUAUACAGAGUGUGCAUUACUUAUAGAACCCGAAUAAAUUUGUCCUAGAUUUUAUCCGAGCCAUAUUUUAAAAAAUAUCACUUGGUUGUGACACCUUGACAGGCCUCAUCUUUAUUAAUUUGCGCAAGAAAUUGAAUAAAAUUUAGGUCACGCUAAAAUCAAAUAUUGAUUUUGUAAUUUAAAUUCGAAAAAAUGUAAUAGAACCUUAUACUUUAUUCACACACAAGUUGUAAUAAAAUUCCGAAAUAAAAUAAAGUUUUUUUUGUUGCAUGAA